UUUACGGAAGUGACGGAUGACGUGACGUGUCAUUUUCCGCACAGGCAUUAUGGGAUCUAGGAAAGAAGAAAAAUCAUGAAAUUGAGGUGUGAUGCUUAAAUCUAGAUCCUAAAGAUCACAUUUAACAAACGGAUCUUAUAAAUCCAUGACUAUGCUGAUGUUUAACGCACGCGCACAUGUAGUGAUGUGUGUGCCGCACUGAGGGCUUUAUGUAUGUGUCGCGCGCUGGAGCAGCUUUCGUUUGCUUUAUUCUUCAUUAAUUAGAGUUUUAUUGGAGGUUUGUGAGUGUGAAGAUGUCGACCAGCAGUCCUGAAGCGGUGAAGAAACUACUGGAGAACAUGCAGACAGAUCUGCGGUCUCUGUCAAUGGAGUGUAAGAAGAAAUUCCCUCCAGUCAAAGAGGCUGCAGAGUCGGGCAUUGUGAAGAUCAAAACCAUCGCUGCUAGAAACACAGAAAUCCUGGCAGCGCUGAAGGAGAACAGUUCUGAAGUGGUCCAGCCGUUCCUCAUGGGCUGUGGAACUAAAGAACCCAAAAUCACUCAAUUGUGUCUCGCUGCCAUUCAGAGACUCAUGUCACAUGAAGUGGUUUCAGAGGCGGCUGCAGGGAACAUCAUUAAUAUGUUGUGGCAGUUGAUGGAGAACGGACUGGAGGAACUGAAACUGCUGCAGACUGUUCUUGUGCUGCUUACCACAAACACUGUUGUACAUGAUGAGGUUUUGUCUAAGGCGAUUGUUCUGUGUUUCCGACUUCACUUCACGAAAGACAACAUAACUAAUAACACAGCGGCCGCCACCGUCCGGCAGGUCGUCACGGUGGUCUUUGAGAGAAUGGUGGCAGAGGACGAGAAGUUCAAAGGUUUAGCAGAAGAACCGCCUGCAGUCCAAGGCAACAGCAACCGGCGUUCUGUCAGCACGCUGAGACCCAGCGCUAAAGAUGCUUACAUGCUGUUUCAGGAUCUCUGUCAGCUGGUGAACGCUGACGCCCCCUACUGGUUGGUGGGCAUGACAGAGAUGACACGGACAUUUGGAUUGGAGCUGCUGGAAUCAGUUUUGAAUGACUUUCCUCAAGUUUUUCUGCAGCACCAGGAGUUCAGUUUCCUGCUGAAGGAGCGAGUCUGUCCUCUGGUCAUCAAACUCUUCUCUCCGAACAUUAAGUUUCGGCAGGGCAGCAGUUCCAGCUCAUCGUCUCCGGCCCCCGUGGAGAAACCGUACUUCCCCAUCUGUAUGCGACUGUUGCGGGUCGUCUCGGUUCUCAUUAAACACUUCUACAGCCUCCUGGUGACCGAGUGUGAGAUCUUCUUGUCUCUGCUGGUGAAGUUUCUGGAUGGAGAGAAACCACAGUGGUUGAGAGCCGUCGCUGUGGAGUCUGUGCACCGACUGUGUGUACAACCACAUUUACUGCGGUCUUUCUGUCAGUCGUAUGAUAUGAAGCAGCACUCCACUAAAGUCUUCAGAGACAUCGUCAAUGCCCUGGGGUCCUUCAUCCAGUCACUCUUCAUCCUCCCCAAUUCAGGAAACUCUUCAUCCACUGGUACACCUGCAGGUGGUUCAGUUUCUGGUGCUCAGACGUCUGCUCAGGGAGUCCCGGGGGUCGCAGGUCCAGGAGGAGUUCUGACCACACAGGCCGCAUUUGAGUACCGCGGUACCUGGAUCCCUCUGAUGAAUGUCAGCGUUCAGGGCAGUGCCAAAGCCACAUAUUUGGAAAUGUUGGAUAAAGUGGAGCCACCGUCAAUCCCGGAAGGUUACGCCAUGUCUGUGGCAUUCAGUGCUCUGUUGGAUCUGGUCAGAGGCAUCACCACCAUGAUCGAGAAAGAGCUCAACAGAGAGGAGCAGGAGGCAGCCAUGAGAGAGGGGGCGGAGCCUGUGACAACUCCUCUGAGUGACAGCUCCCAACAGGAACCCAUGGCUCAUGAGGUUUGGGAAGAGAUGGUCAACGCUUGCUGGUGUGGCCUGCUGGCUGCUCUCUCACUUCUGCUGGAUGCCAGUACGGAUGAGGCGGCCACAGAGAACAUCCUGAAGGCGGAGCUCUCCGUGGCCUCUCUGUGCGGUCGUCUGGGUUUGGUGACGCCGCGUGAUGCGUUCAUUACGGCCGUGUGUAAAGCGUCUCUUCCUCCUCACUAUGCCCUGACCAUACUGAGCAGCAGCGCCGCCAGCCUCUCCAAUAAAGUGUACUCUAUCCAGGGACAGAAUGUGCAGAUUGUGAGUCCAUCCAGUGAAUCUCACCAGCAGGUGGUAGCAGUGGGUCAACCUCUCACCGCACAGCCACAGGGGACAGUAGUGCUCACAGCGAAGAACAUUCAGUGCAUGCGGACGUUGUUGAAUUUGGCUCAUUGUCAUGGUGUUUAUCUGGGAACCUCCUGGCAGCUGGUUUUAGCCACACUGCAGCAUCUGGUGUGGAUUCUGGGUUUGAAGCCAGGCGUCGGUGGUGUUUUGAAACCUGGACGGGCUGUUGAAGGUCCCAGCACGGUGUUAACCACAGCGGUGAUGACCGAUCUGCCUGUCAUAUCAAAUAUCCUCUCCAGACUCUUUGAAAGCUCACAAUACCUGGAUGAUGUUUCUCUACAUCACCUGAUAAACGCGCUGUGCUCUUUAUCAAUGGAGGCCAUGGAGAUGGCUUACGGUAAUAACAAGGAACCAUCUCUGUUUGCCGUGGCCAAACUCUUGGAGACGGGGCUGGUCAAUAUGGAUCGGAUCGAGAUUCUCUGGAGGCCGCUGACGGCUCAUCUGCUGGAGGUAUGUCAGCACCCUAACGCUCGAAUGAGGGAGUGGGGGGCAGAAGCCGUCACCUCGCUGAUCAAAGCCGGACUCUCCUACAAACACGAGCCGCCGCUGUCUCAGAACCAGAGACUGCACCUGCUACUAUUACACCCAUUGAAGGAGCUGUCCAACGUUCUUCACGCGGACAUCAGGCAGAAACAGCUGGAGUGUGUCCUUCAGAUUUUGCAGAACCAGGGCGACAGCCUCGGCCCAGGUUGGCCUCUGGUGCUGGGGGUCAUCGGAGCCAUUCGCAACGACCAGGGCGAGUCCCUCAUACGUACAGCAUUUCAGUGCCUGCAGUUGGUAGUGACCGACUUCUUACCCACAAUGCCUUGCACGUGCCUCCAGAUAGUGGUGGAUGUAGCGGGCAGUUUUGGCCUUCAGAACCAGGAGCUCAACAUCAGCCUGACGUCCAUCGGCCUGCUGUGGAACAUCUCAGACUACUUUUUCCAAAGAGGAGAAACUAUUACAGAAGAGCUGGAGAAGGAGGAAGCGAUUCUCGUAAAACAGGCCCAAGAUAUAGGCGAACCUUUGAACAGGCCCUUUCACCCUGCUCCGCCCUUCGACUGCCUGUGGUUGUGUCUGUAUGCCAAACUGGGCGAGCUGUGCGUGGAUCCACGGCCGGCCGUGAGGAAAAGUGCCGGCCAGACGAUGUUCUCCACUAUCGCUGCGCAUGGAACUUUGCUACAACCAUCGACCUGGAACAUUGUGGUUUGGAAGGUUCUCUUUCAUCUACUUAACUGCGUCAGGAAGUCCUCCACCACGGCUGACAAAGAAAAAAUCGAAUCAGGCGGCGGGAACAUCCUCAUCCACCAUUCUCGCGACACGGCCGAGAAGCAAUGGGCGGAAACGUGGGUUCUGACACUCGCGGGUGUAGCUCGGAUCUUCAACACCAGGAGAUAUUUACUGCAGCAGUUGGGUGACUUCUUCAAAGCUUGGGAAGUCCUGUUGGACCACAUCCAGUCCGCAGCCCUCAGCAAAAACAACGAAGUUUCUCUCGCUGCCCUCAAAAGCUUUCAAGAGAUCCUUCAGCUAGUCACUCCCGUUAAAGACACGGAUAAACCAGACGCUCUGGGUGCAAUUGACGUUUCCGCUGUCCUCAUGGAACCUCUUCAAAGCUCCGGUCCAGGCAGACCCCUCAUCCGGUCCGAUUCCCUCGCCGAGCGGUUAGCCCAGCGCUACGGUGCCCAAACUCAGCUUCCUCCGCCUGGGGAGGAUCAGGAUGACUCCCCCCUCUGGUGGUCAGCAUGGAACACCUGGUACCGGAUAGGAACCGAGUGCACGCGCCCACCGAGCGGCGGAACGGAUAAACUCUCGUUUGUACCCAGUCAGCCGUUCCUGACGGCAUUGAUACAGAUUUUCCCAGCGUUGUAUCAGCACAUUGCAGGAGGGUUCAGCAUGGAAGAUCUAAAGAAGCUGGGCGUGAUUCUGCACGGUGCCGUGUCUGUCCCCAUAAGCUCUGAUGCUUCGCCCUUCAUCUUGCCGUCAUACACAGAGGCGGUGCUCACUAGUCUACAGGAAGCCGUACUUACAGCCCUGGAUGUCCUACAGAAGGCGAUCUGUGUAGGUUCAGAGAAUCUUCAGGUGAUGUAUCCCGCCAUCUUCCAGCAGCUUUUGUUGUUCGUGGAGUUUUCCUGUAAACCUCCUCAGUAUGGAAAAAUGGAGACCAAACAUGUGGCCAAUGCCAAAUACAACCAGAUCCAACUGUUCGCCCCGAAAAACAUCAAUCUGCAGAAACCGUUUAAAAGAAGCCCAAUUCACAACUGUGCCGAAAGGCAGAGGACCUGGCAACGCAGGUCUACUGGUUGCGCGGCGGAGUGGGUGGCCUUGAACUAUGUGCCGUUUGCCGAGCGCUCUCUGGAGGUGGUGGUCGAUCUCUAUCAUAAAACCGCCUGUCAUAAAGCCGUCAUUAAUGAGAAAGUCUUACAAAGCAUCAUCAAGACUUUAAGGGUUCCUCUAGGUCUGAAGUACGCGUGUCCUGCCGAGAGCACCUGGAAACUCGCCGUUUCCUCACUGCUAAAAGUGCUUUCAAUUGGGCUCCCUGUUGCCCGGCAACAAGCAUCCUCAGGCAAAUUUGACACCAUGUGGCCGGAGCUGGCGAACGCCUUCGAGGACUUUUUGUUUACAAAAAGCACACCUCCAGAUAAUCUGUCCAUACAAGAGUUUCAGAGGAAUGAAGCUAUAGAUGUUGAGGUGGUGCAGUUGAUCAGCACGGAGAUUUUACCGUUUGCCAAUUUCAUACCCAAAGAGUUUGUAGGUCGUAUCAUGAGCAUGCUCAAUAAAGGCUCGAUUCACUCUCAGUCGUCAUCUUUCACAGAGGCAGAAAUGGACAUGCGUAUGCGAGAGGAGUUCUCCAAGGUGUGUUUUGAGACCCUGCUCCAGUUUUCCUUCAGUAAUAAAGUCUCGACACCACAGGAGGGCUACAUCUCUCGUAUGGCCCUGUCAGUGCUCUUACAGAGAGCACAAGAUGUGCUCAGACGAUACGUGGAGGACGAGAGGUUGAGCGGACGCUGCCCGCUGCCCAGGCAACAAGUGACUGAGAUCAUCUUUGUCUUAAAAGCCAUUAGUACCCUCAUGGAUUCUCUCAAAAAGACACAGCCGGAAAAUGUGGACGGUAACGUUUGGGCUCAGGUGAUCGCGCUGUACCCCACUCUGGUGGAAUGCAUCACCUGCUCGUCACCUGAAGUAAGCUCCGCCCUCAAAGACGCACUAGGGCCCUUUAAGGACUUCAUGCAGCCGCCCGUCUCCAAAGUUCAGAACGGCGAAUCGUGACUGAAAGUUUUUAUUCCACCACAAUCAUGAAUGUGACUGUUUCACACCCCACGCGUGAGGACUCGCCCCCAUCGCCAUGGCAAACGUCAUUGAUCGACAGCUCCAAAUGCCAUUGUUUUAAGCUUCUAAUACGAGCUGCGUAGAUUCUGAUUGGCCGACUUUAACGAUGUAUUAACAGCUACAUUAAAUAUGCAGUGUUUGUUGUUUUUAUGGGUUUUUGUUUUUCCCCCUCAUGUACAGUGUUUGGUGAUAGUGUUAAAGAUGUGAUUUUGAAAAAGAGGUCAAAAUCAAAAAUCAUUUAAAGAAAAAUCAUCAUAAAUAAAUGAAGGAUGGUCUUUUUUUGUGAAGUUUUCUCAACAGCAAUUUGGGAUUUUAUGCAAGAUCUUACUGUAACAUUCCACGUCAUCUUUAGUCACAUUGAGAAGGGUUGAACCCGUGUGUGUACAAUAAUAAAUGCUACAGUUCUAUGAACAUAUGAAAUGUGUCACUUCUCUGCUUAUUUUACAAAUAAUUUAUAUUUAGCAGAGCAUUUAUUACAGAAACCAUCGCAUUGAAAAUCAUGCACUCGCAGUCUCGUGUGUGAGCCAAGCGCGUCGCCAAUUUUUUUUUGUUACAUUUUUUUGGUUGGGGUCAAAUGAAACCGUCUAAAGACCG